ACAGCCAAAUAUCUUGAAUUUUAUUUUAAUUUCACAUAAAGGAAUAUAAAUCAAAAGAACAAAAUUAUGUGAGAAGUACGAUAUAAGGGUAAGAUGGAGAGAUUUUUCUUAAUGCGAAUUGAAUGUGCUUCAGAAUGUGGGAUACAAUAAAAAAAAAGAAGGGUGGGACAGAUAUUCCGUCCCGGAACAUACUUCAACAUUUGGCGGAGUUUUGAUGGAGACCUCCAUUUAAUUAGUCAUUACUUUUAUUAUUUUUUGAUAUUUUCAGAAUAUUUUUGUGAAUUUGCGUUGAUCUUUGUGAUUUUCGUCACUGUUUACAAUUAUCUUUAACAAAAAUUUUUGAUGUAUCAUAUACAUUACUCUUAAUACUUCACAGGCUUAUACGCCUCCCUCUAACUACUCCGUUUAUUGCCUUCAGUUCGUUUCCUUUGCGUGUUUGUUUCUAGCUUCAGUUUUACUCGUUACAUUGCUAAGAGUUUCCACUGAAACGUCUUCUGCUAAGGAAAAGGAUAAUGAAUUACGUCUCAUGAAAUACAAGACAAGAGCGCAUGCGUGGGAAAACUUCUUUAUGAGCUGGGAAACGUGCUCGGACAUUGAAGAAUUCGAGCAACGACUGGCCUAUUCUCAUACGAUAAUUUUGGACGCUAUGGAAAAGGUUUGGGAUGGACCAUAUAUAAAACGCCUACUACUGUUUCCGAUUUACCACUUCAAACAAUAUGAAAUGAAAACAUUUAGAAAUGCCAUCGCUUGCUUUCUGGUGACUUUUGAUGAUCCAUUUGCCUUUCCGGAGGACAUUCUGGAGGAGAAAAAAUCUAAUCGGACAAACAAAGGUAACAGGAGCAAACGCAACAUACCUGCUCUUGGAAAAGUGGCAUUGAAGGGUUUACGAGAAGUAUUUGCAGGUUUCUUAGGAAAUAUUGCAUCCGACGGCCUGACAGGAUUCCUAGGUGUAGGAGACAGUAAUAAAGAUGGCGGCAGCAGCACAACUGAAUUACCAAAUGUCAAUGAUUGGGAGGAUAUGAAGGUCACAAAGGAUAAGAUCACUGUUGUUCUCCUAGGAGACCGGCGUUUUUUGAGAUCUUUCAAGUUUGUGAUUGAAGACUUCCAGCAAUAUAAGCUGAAAUGUUUGGCCAACAAUAAGAAAAUGACCGCUGACGAGCACAAGUUCUGUAACAUCAAAUCCCAGAGCUUAAACGAACAAAAUCUUGACUCUGGAAAAACUGGUGCGAUAGUGAAAAUAUCCCCCACGUUCUCAUUUACAGUAGUUGUUAGUUACACUUUCUUUCUUGUAUGUACAUUUUACUAAAAUAAUGAAAUUACGAAAUUCUAAUCCGAAUUUGAUUUAUGUAAUUUUUGAAAUAAAAUUUCUCUUUUCUCUAUA